AACCCGUUCGCUCGGUAGGGGAGACUUUGUUUGUUGCCGCGGCCCUCAUCCAGUGUUUUCCACGGUAAAGAAGACGGAUCGGAUUUUCAGUACCAACUAGAAAGUCCAGUUCGACCGACCGAGAUGUCACAGGAGCAUGACAAUAAGCGUGCGGUCCUGGUUCUCCAGAACGACCCGGGUUAUGGCGGCCAGCGUCGCUCCUUCACCACAGAAGACGAAGCCUGGAAAUCAUUUCUGGAGAACCCGCUGACAGCCGCCACCAAGGCCAUGAUGAGCAUUAAUGGAGACGAGGACAGCGCUGCUGCUCUCGGCCUGCUCUACGACUACUAUAAGGUGCCCAGGGACAAGAGAACAAUACCCCAGAGCAAGCCAGAAGUACUGGUCUCUGAUGUGGAUCCCAACAAAAGGCACCAGAUCCAGGCUGGACACCACAUAGCUCCACUCCAGGAAGCUGGUAUGGAGAGCAGGAUCCAGGUCGUGAAAGGGCCCUUCAAUAUUCUUCAGCUGGCCCAGGACAAGAGGUCUCAGUUCCCUUCACCAGACACGACCGUCACAGUUUCCAUUGCUGCCGUGCCAAACUACCCGCCCGUCAAGACAGAGGUGCCCACCCACGGCUUCUCAGUGACCGUGCCAAACAACUGCACCGAAACCGACGGCCAUGUGGGCGUCUUUGACCGCCAGCUCACCCACAACACGGUCCAGUUCAGCCCCAGCACUCAGGCCCGCACUCCCCCCGACUCCACCUUCUCCGAGAGUUUCAAGGAUGGUUCCCAGGAGGUGUUUUCCUUCCCAGGAGAUCUCCAGUUACGUAUGGCCUCCAUGACGCCCGAGGAGUACCCUCAAUUUAACACCAUGCCGGGGAAUAAUUUCGAGUAUACUCUGGAGGCAUCCAAGUCUCUGCGUCAGAAGACAGGUGACGGGACGAUGACGUACCUCAACAAGGGCCAGUUUUACCCGAUCACCCUCAGGGAGAUUGACAACAAAGGCAUGCACCAACCCAUCACCAAAGUCAGGAGUGUAGUGAUGGUGGUGUUCGGAGAGGAGAAGUGCAGAGAUGAUCAGCUGAAACACUGGAAGUACUGGCACUCCAGACAGCACACAGCCAAACAGAGGUGUCUCGACAUCGCUGAUUACAAGGAGAGCUUCAACACCAUCGGCAACAUCGAGGAGAUUUCCUACAAUGCCAUUUCCUUCACCUGGGACACCAAUGAGGAGGCCAAAAUCUUCAUCUCUGUCAACUGUCUGAGCACAGACUUCUCCUCUCAGAAGGGGGUGAAGGGUCUUCCUCUGAACCUGCAGAUCGACACGUACAGCUACAACAACCGCAGCAACAAGCCCAUCCACCGUGCCUACUGCCAGAUCAAGGUCUUCUGCGACAAGGGAGCAGAGAGGAAGAUCCGAGAUGAGGAGAGGAAGCAGUCCCGCAGGAAAGGGAAGGUGGCCGACCUCAGCACCAGCCUGAGCUUUGUGGAUGUCAAAGUUCCCAUCCUCCAGAAACGCAAUGAUGUGACCAUCUUCAAGAUGAUGACCGACCUCGAGACGCAGCCUGUGCUUUUCAUUCCUGACAUUCACUUCUCUACCUUCCAGCGCCAUCCUUUCUCAGCAGAAGAUGGAGAGGACAGCACUGCAGGCAUGAAGAGAUUACCCUUCAGUGAUGACGAGUUUGGUUCCCCCCCAAACAAGAUGGCGAGAGUGGAGGAACCAAAGAAAGUCCUGCUGUACGUGCGCAAGGAAACAGAGGAGGUGUUUGAUGCCCUCAUGCUGAAGAAUCCCACGCUGAAAGGCCUGAUGGAAGCUAUUUCAGAGAAGUAUGAGUUACCUUUGGAUAAGCUUGGAAAUGUGUAUAAGAAGUGCAAGAAAGGCAUUCUGGUCCACAUGGACGACAACAUCAUCAAACACUACUCCAAUGAAGACACCUUCCAGAUCACCAUGGAGGAGUUGGGUGGGAUGUACAAACUCACCCUCACUGAAAUCUGAUUGGACUAGAGGAGGUGACAUCAUCCUGGACAGAGGGGUGGUGGAGAAAUGGAGCCAUCAGGAAUAGUGGUUUACACGUCUAGCCAUGCAGUGAUUAUGGACUUGAUCUGACAUUGAAAUCAUGUUGUCUGUGUGCUGUAUUAGUGUCAAACAGAUUUUAAAACACAAAGUCCCAAAAGAGGUAUUUAAAAACCCAGAGCUCUUAAUAGACAGCAAUGUUGAUUAGAGAUGUAAGUUAUACAUUUUGCUUAAUUUCAAAAUGUUUUUUUUUUUUU